AUGUUGCCUAGCAUUCGUCGCUUCUUUACUGUCGGACUACCUGUGAAAUCUUCUCCAACGCCUCAGGUGCUUCUGUAUCCUGCUGGGGAAGGAGACGUUCUUAACAAUCGAUAUUCUAUCAAACGUCGUUUGGGUGCAGAUUUUGGAACUCGCUCCACGACUUGGCUCAUUAAAGACUUGAUAACUGGCCACGACAUCAUUCUCAAAAUCACUGGCGCAGACUCGACGGAUGCGGGAAAAUACUCCCAUCUAGCAUCGUCUCUGGCCUUUCGUCGCAUCGUAUCUCUUUCAUUUCAUAUCGUGUCACUCUGGGAAUGCGAGAAUGUUGUUCUUACAUGUAUAAAGAACGGCUGUACUUCUUUUCAACAGGCGAAAAUGAAUAUGUUGUCGUCUUUCUGUUUCCUUUGCUGA